AUGUCUGAUAUACAACAAGAUAGUACAUCAACGACAUUAGGAGGUACAUCACUAGGUGGCACAUCACUUGGUGGUACAUCACUUGGUGGUACAUCACUAGGCGGUACAUCAUUGGGUGGCACAUCAUUGGGUGGCACAUCAUUGGGCGGUAGCACAACAACAUCAACAACAACACCAAAGUCAACAAACUCAAAGAAUAAAAAAAAGAAACAAACAUCAAGUAAUAAUAAUAAUAAUAAUAAUAAUAAUAAUAACAAUAAUAAUGAAAACAAUAGAGAUAAUGAUGCCGGAUCAUCAAAUAAAUCAUUUAUGCCAUUAAAUAAUAAUGAAGAUGAAGGUACCAAAGAUUAUAAACAAGGUGGAUAUCAUCCAGUAAGAAGAAAUGAUGUUUACGGCAAUCGUUAUCAAGUUGUUGAUAAAUUAGGAUGGGGUCAUUUCUCAACAGUUUGGUUAUGUAAUGAUAAAGAUACACCAAUAACGACAUCAUCAUCAUCAUCAUCAACAACAACAACAACUACAUCAUCAUCAAGUAACGGUAAUGGUAAUGGUAAUGGAGGGAAUGUUAUUGGUUAUAAACAGGUUGCAUUGAAAAUCGUUAGAUCAGCACGUACAUAUUCAGAGACAGCAGAAGAUGAAAUCAAGAUAUUGAAUGCCAUUUCAAAAUAUAAUGCACAAGAUAAAUGUGUUGCACGUUUAUUGGACCAUUUUACACAUCGUGGUCCAAAUGGACGUCAUUAUUGUAUGGUAUUCGAAUUGUUGGGUAACAAUCUAUUGGAUUUAAUUAAACAUCAUCGUUAUCGUGGCAUGCCAAUCACAUUGGUUAAAACAUUAAUGAAACAAACCUUAAUUGCAUUGGAUUACAUUCACACUAAAUGUAAAAUCAUUCAUACCGAUUUAAAACCUGAGAAUGUACUCUUGGAGAAAUCAUUUGAUUUCUUUACUUCAAAUGAUUAUAUUUGGAGUGAAAAAUAUGGUUAUUUUAAAAAUAGAACUUCUUCAUCAAAUAAACAAUCACAACAACAACAACAACCACAACAACAACAAUCACAACAAAAUAUCAAUGAUUAUAGUGAUGAUAGUGACGAUAGUCAUAGCGAUUAUAGUGAUAGUGAGGAUGAACUUAAAAAUAAAGGUAAUAAAAAAUCAUCAAAUAGGGAUAGAGAUAAUAAUAAAAAUAAGAACAUUAAAAAAGAUGAUAAUAAAUCAUCAGUAAAUGAAAUAAAUAAUAUUAGUAAAGAAAAUACAGAUAAUAAGGAUUUAAAUUCAUCAGAAGAAAAUAAAAAAGAAGAAGAACAGCAACAAAAUAAAAAAGAAGAACCAACAACUACAACUACAACAGCAACAGCAACGGCAACAACAACAACAACAACGGGAACAGAAGAAUUUAAAUUUGUAAAUGGUAUUAGUUAUAAGUUUAAAAAAAAUAAUGAAUUAUUUAAUGAGAAUCAUUAUCCAAGAGCUCAAUUGGUUGAUUUGGGUAAUGCAUGUUGGACAGAUAAACAUUUUACAGAUGAUAUUCAAACUCGUCAAUAUAGAGCGCCAGAGGCAAUUGUAAAGGCAAAAUGGGGUACUCCAGUCGAUAUUUGGAGUGCCGCUUGUAUGGCAUUCGAAUUGGCAACAGGUGAUCAUUUAUUUAAACCAAAAUCCGGAAAAGGAUUUGAAAAGAGUGACGAUCAUUUGGCAUUGAUGAUCGAAUUAUUAGGAAAACCACCAAGAUUUAUUUUCGCUGGUGGCGACGAGUCAAGAGUUUAUUUCACUCAUAAAGGUGAUCUUAGAAAAAUCCCUGAUCUCUCUGAUCAAUGGCCACUCUUUUCAGUUCUCACUGAAAAGUAUAAAUUCUCAAUUCAAGAAGCAAAGGAUUUCGAAGCUUUCCUUUUACCAAUGCUUAAUUAUCUACCUGAAAAAAGAGCAACUGCCAAAGAUUGUUUAAAUCAUACUUGGUUAAAAGAUGUUCCACCAUUUUUAAAUUAA